AACAGAUGGAAGUGUCGUACGAUGAUACAAAAGAUAGGGCCUGUCAGUAGAGUAUAAAAAUUAGUUAUAUUAAAUUACUUUGGUCAGAGAAACUUGUAGGCACAAUGUCAGGUGAAACUGAUAUUUUCGACGAUAACGAAAGUCAAUUGCCUCAAGACCUCGGAGAUGAUGUUGUUCAGGAGGUUCUCAAAACUGGCACCGAUCUACGCCAAUAUUCCAGGCAAAUUGAAAAAGAACUAAAGGAAGUCGAAAAUAAAUCCAUCCAGGAUUAUAUCAAGGAAAGCGAGAAUAUAGCGAGUCUUCAUAAUCAAAUUGCUGCAUGUGACAAUAUUUUAGAGAAAAUGGAAUCAAUGUUAAUGAGUUUUCAACUGGACUUAGGUAGUAUAAGUUCGGAGAUACUUUAUCUUCAACGUAAAUCUGUGGCAAUGAGCCAACAGUUAUCGAAUAGACAAAUAAUUAGAUGUCCCCUUAGCCAGUUUAUCGAAGACAUGACAGUGUCAGAGGCGCUUAUUGCUGGAAUUAUGGAUUGUCCUGUAACAGAAAAGGAAUUUUUAACCCAGCUGCAGACGUUGAAUCACAAAAUCAAUUUCGUGAAGGAACAAACUUUUAAAGAAGCCAAGUCUUGUUUAGACGUGAAAGAUAUACUAGAGAAAUUGAAAGUGAAGGCAAUGGCAAAAAUUAGAACAUAUUUGUUGGAACAGAUUUACAAGUUCAGGAAACCCAUGACGAAUUAUCAAGUGCCCCAGAAUAAUAUGUUGAAAUAUAAAUUCUUCUUUGAGUUUAUUUUGGCAAACGAAAGGAAUGUGGCAGAAGAAAUUUGUGGGGAAUAUGUUAGCACAAUGAGUAAAAUAUAUUACUCUUAUUUUAAAUCGUAUUCUUCAAGGUUAAUGAAAUUACAGUUUGAGGAAGGAGCUUCGAAAGAUGAUCUGAUGGGAGUGGAAGAUACUGUAGGAAGGGGUAUUUUCCAUAAGACUACAUUAAAGCAUAGAGGUACUGUAUUUUCUAUAGGAAAUAGAGGCGAUGUUUUAACUUCACAGUUGGAAGCACCUAUUAUUGUACCUCAUACUGCAUCUAAAACAAGAUAUCAUUACGAAGCCUUGUUUAGAAGUGAACAAUACGCCCUUGUAGAUAAUGCCUGUCGGGAAUAUUUAUUUUUAACGGAAUUCUUUAAAGUACGCGGUGCACAAACAAUGGAUAUUUUCAACCAGGUAAUGGGAAAGACAUUAAAUUUAAUGGUGAAGAACCUGCAAUCUUUUGUGGAUGAUUGCUACGAUACCAUUGCUUUAUUCCUUUGCUUGCACUUGGUAAUGCGUUAUCAAUUAACUUGCCAUAAAAGAGCCGUACCAGCUUUGGAUAAAUACUGGGACAACAUGACUUCAGUAAUUUGGCCUAGAUUCGAGUGUGUCUUUCAAAUGAAUAUUCAAAGUAUAAAAGAUAUUGACCCAUUGAAACUCAGUAAAGAAACUGGUCCUCAUUAUAUUACACGAAGGUAUGCUGAGUUUAGCGCUGCAAUGAUCAGUGUAGUCGAAGGAUUCCCUUGUGAAGGUGCAAUACAGUUACUAGCCGAGCUAAGAGAAGCUGUUCAGUGCUUUUUACUACGAAUGGCAACCAUAUUUCCUAACAGAAUUGAGCAAUUAGUUUUUCUUAUCAAUAACUACGAUUUAGUUCUCGGUGUACUAAUGGAAAGAACACGAGACAAUUCAAAAGAAGCAGAGAGUUUCCGGGAACAAUUAAACGCACGUUCCGCAGAAUACGUUGAAGAAGUUUUAACUCCAUAUUUUGGUGGUAUAAUACAAUUAGUUAAGGAGUCAGAGGUAUUGAUAGAAAAAGGUCAGGCAGAUGAUUUGAAAAGACAAGAAGGAAAAGCAUUGGCCCUUGUGCAAUCCUUCACGAAUAAUUGGAAACGGGCAUUAGAGGAAAUUAAUCGAGAAGUAAUAAAAUCCUUCCCUAGCCUGGUGCUUGGGACCGCUUUGGUGCAACGUGCAAUGACGCAAUUAGUGCAAUAUUAUCAUAGACUUCAUAAAAUCUUACCGCCAAAUGCGCGGACACAGUUGACGAAUAUUCAUCACAUAAUGGUGGAAAUUAAGAAAUACAAAGCGAAUUAUUAAUAACUCGAACGAGAUUGGUUAUUUCAAAACCCAAGA